CUCCAUUGUGAGAUUUAUGGUUUGCUUUCUCAUGUUUUUUGUAUGCCUUUUGUGGUAUGAUUUAUCGUGUUUGUGGUAUGCUCUAAGAAGUUUCUGGUGUGCUUUCGAAAAAAAUUGUAGUUUACUUUGUGGAGUUUCUGGUAUGUUUUCAUAUAUUUGUGGUCUACAUUACGAGGCUUCGGGUUUGUGAGUUUUGCUUUACCGUGUUUGUGGUUUGCAUUUAGAGGUUUCUAGUGUGCUUAUGAAAUAUUUUGUGGUAUGCAUUGUGGGGAUUGUGGUAUGUUUUAGGGGAUUCGUGGUUUACAUUAUGAGGUUUUUGGUAUGCUUUUUUUGGUUUGCUUUACCAUGUUUGUGGUCUGCAUUAAGAGAUUUUUUGGUGUGUUUAUGAGAUAUUUGUGGUAUGCUUUGUGGGGUUUGUGAUAUAUUUAGGCAAUUUGUGGUAUGCAUUAGGAGGUUUAUGGUAUUCUUUGUGGUUUGCUUGACCGUGUUUGUGGUCUUCAUUAGAAAAUUUCUGGUAUGUUUUGUGUGGUUUAUGGUCUACUUGAGGAAUUUGUUAUAUGAAUUAAGUAAAUUUUGAGAUUAGAAAGAAAUUUGAAUGCAAUGUCCUAAAGAUUAAGAUCACAUCUCCUUGAAGUUAUCCUUGUCACCUCGGUGAUUGUUUUUUGCAUGCUUGGACUUCUUGAUUUUCUUCCCCAUGGCUUCGCAUUCUUUUUGUCAUUCUCAUCAUCAUCCAUUUCAACAUCUGCCUACAAAACCACUAGGGGACUCGCAUGGAAAGUUCUGAUGUAAUCCAUUCGAAAGGGAGAAAAAAACGGGCGUUGUCACCAUAUUUAGUCCCAAAACGAACAAAGCACCGUCAAGCAAGCUGUCUGACUCCAGUCUUUUGAUAAUGUAACAAACAAGAGAGAUAGAGACACUCGCGAGAGCUCAUUUAUCUGCUUCUAUCAAAGGCAAUCUCUCCCUCUACUUCUACCUUACUCGGUCAGUCCCAGUUCAACAACCAACGUCUUCCAAAUUCCAUUCCCUCCUCUUCCAUUGCUGCUGUAUCAAGAAAAGAUCGAUCAAAAUCCCAUAAUGGAUUCGCCAUUACCACCCAAGAAUCAACAACUAGUCCACCUCGUCUUGAUCCCAUUCAUGGCGCAGGGGCCACAUGAUCCCAAUUGUCGACAUCACCAAGCCUCCUAGCAUCCCGCCCCAGCGUGCACAUUAGGAUUGUCACCAUGUUGAUCAACGCCGCCCGGUUCAGACCCUCAAUCGACAAGGCAGUCAACGAAUCACACCUCCCAAUCACCAUAAUCAACCUCUGCGUCCCCAGCUCUGAAGUAGGGAUCCUGAACACUCUGAGAACUCUGACAUGUUUCCGUUGCACAAGCCGAGACGGUUUCACUCUUGCUGUCUGGCCCCUGCGCGCUUCUACCUCCGCAAAUGCAAUGUUAGACUCCCACAGUGGCGUUGUCGUGGCUGUUCCUUAGAUAGAGCUGGACGAUUCUGCUUCUUCUUACGAAAGAAGAUUCUUUCCUUUAGUCGGUGUCGUUGUCCAGGUUUGAUCAUAUUAGGAAACUAGGAACGACACCACCACUAGGGAUGUAACGUCGGUUGUGGUAAACCCGAUUUGUUGGUCAGGUUACCUAAGGCCUUAGGUGACUUGAAACAUAAGGAAAACUAACCUAAGGCAACCUAAGAACCAACAACAAAACCUAAACCUACAUACCCUUAAACCUAUCCAAAGAUGUAUAAAAUUUGUCAAGAUUUGUCGAGUCAAAUCGAGAUCUCUUGGGUUGUCUCGAAUAAGAUUAGAAAGAGUAAGUGUUUGUGAUAAAGGUAGAGAGAGUAAUGAUUUAGUUAACUCAUUUUACUUAAUCCAACAGUUAAAACUUACAUGAUUGAACGUAUUUGACUAAGUUUGACAAUAUCCAAUUUGAAUUUAAACUGGCACGAUAACCCUGUAAGAUGGGAAGUUGUAUUUAAACCCGAUUUGAUAUGUCGAUUUCAUCUCAGUUUAACGAUUCUGUGGACAAAUCAACACUCUAAUGGGAGACAUGAAUUAUCUAUAUGUUUUUGCCACAGGUUGGGCUUUGAGUUUACCCAUUAUACUCGAGGUUGCUCGACCCAUGAUGAUUUUUAGUGGGGCAACAAUAUUAUUUAUAAUUUUCAUAAUUAAUGACUAUUUGGGCACUACUAUCUUAAUAAUUAUUUUAUCUUACAAUAAAUUUAUUAAUAUUAAUGAAUAUUAUUUAAAGAUUUUUUAUUUAAUAUUUAAUAUUUAUUUGUGUGCGUUAGUAUUUUGUGAUAAUCUUUUAUAAUUUAAUAAACUAUUGUAUAAUAAUAUAAUUUACUCAAUUUUCACUUUAUUUCCAUCCCUUACUUUUUUAUUUCUAACAAUAAUUCCGCCCUCUACUUAUACCUUAGGUCACCCAAUCCGUGGUUUAAGGUCCCACGAUCCCGCUCUCAAGCGGCAAAACGCGUUUUUUCCGGAAUUCGACAAAAAAUCGCGAUUUAUUUAUUUUGGGAGCGCGAUUUUAAUUGAGGAGAGCGCGAUUCCAUCAAGUACUGGUCUAUUGGAGAUGGAGGCAACGAGACCCAAACCCAGAACGUUCAUCGCUGGCCGGAGACCGUAUUUCUUCUUCAUUCCCUCGAUCGAGACCAACACUAAAAAAUAAAAAGAGUCAGAAUCCUAAAAUUUAUCGAAAUUAGAAUCUAAUCAAAAAGAUGAGGAUGCAUGUCUCAGAAAAGCCUCCUUGAUUCGCGAUUCUCUUGCUACUAUCGCCGUAAACGAGAGGCGAGGAGGCAGAUUCGGAGCCUCCUUAUCUUCGUUCUAGGUAGAUGGGAAGUGAGUCGGGGGUUGGCAGAUGAAGAAGGCGAAAGAGGAGAUUGGAAAGGUUUGGUGUCCUUCAUUUCUUUAUGUUUUCAUGUUUUGCUUGAUUCUGGAAUAAACGAAGAUGAAGGAA